UGUAUUCUGUUGACUGUUGAUGUAGAUAUAAUUUUAAACAGUUAACUACCGCCACGCCGUAUGGCUAUUACCUCAUGACUGCGGUUUAAUAGAAAUCUGUUCCUAUUUCCGUUCAGGCAUCUACAACUAAAAAUUUAUGAUUUUUAAAUAUUCCUUCAUCGCAAUCGACAGAUUCACCAUUUGAUCAGUUGAUUUUUGUUCAAACAACCGUGAACCGGAAAUUAGUAUCGAUCCACGAACGACUCGAAAAAUGGAUCUUUUCCUAAAUGACGUGUGUCAGGUGUCGUUCCCCGGCAGUAUCGUUACAGGCGCACUAUGCGUACGGCUACCAUGUACCGAUCCCAAUGAAAAACCUACCUUAAGUGCCAAAGGAUUCACACGUAUACGGAAACCAGGCACCAGCAAAGAAAACGAAGAAUAUAUAUUGUUCUUUGAAGAUACAGCUGUACUGGUUCCAAAAAUGGACUCCUCUAAUUUGUCACCAAUUAAUGAUGAUACUGAUUAUUCUAAAAUAUUCAUAUUCCAUUUUGUUUUACCCAACAAUUUACCACCAUCACAUGAAGUUCCUUUUGGUCAUACGAGGUACAAAAUAACAGCAAAAUUUGAUAGUAACAAGUGCAAAAAAUAUUUCAGUGUCAAUCAAUGGGUAGGCCUAGAAAAACGUAAUGAUGUACUUGUUAAACAUGCAGCAUUUUCCGUAUCAUUAUUCAAUUUCUUUCAUUCAGUUAAAAUAAUUUUAAAUUUAAAACAGACGUAUUAUUUACCUGGAGAAACAAUUUUUCUUGAAGCUAUUAUAAAAAACAACUCGUGGAAAGACAUAAUUUUGUCUAAAAUAUUUUUAAUUCAAACUACAAAAUAUUGGGAAAACCUUCAUCUAUUACCAUUAAAACAUACCAGAGUAGUUGCUGAAAGUACAAGAGGUUAUAUUGCCAGUGGAAGUAUGCAAGUUUGGUCUCAACUUCCAUUAUAUAUACCAGCAGUGAUUCCCACUACAAACACAUCCAAUAAUGCAUUUAACUAUUUUGAUGUAGAGUAUAAAAUUAAGAUUCUUGUUAAAUUGAAGAAUUCGAAAAAAAAAAUUAUAUUUAAGCAAAAAAUUUUUAUUGGUAACUGGGUUAUGUGCCAUGAUAACAACGAAGAUUUAAAUGAAACAUCAUACGAAAUUAGAUUCAAAGAUUGUUCUAUAUUAGAAACAGAAGAAAUUGAUUUCAUUCCGAAAUAUAUGAUUUAUGAGACAAAUUUAGAGUAAAACAAAUAAAAAAAAUUUUUAAAUGUAUGUAUAUUACAUG